AUGUCAACUGCUGAAUUGGUGGAACAGCUGCUCAAAUCGGCAACGAUCCAAGAUGUGGAUUCAGAAAUCCCACCCCUGGAGGAUUUCUCGCAUGAAUUAGCUUCCUUAAAGUCAAAAAAGGCCAAACAACCCGAAGAACAGCUGAUUGAAGUCAAGGCACGAAAGGCUUCAAAAGCUCCAAUCAUUCUUGACAGAGCUCAGCAAAAAGCCGCUUUGCAACCAUUUGCACGUCCUCCAAAUCAAACGGAGCAGCAACACAUGCAAGCAAUGGCAUUAGCAUCUGGUCUAACUGACAAACUUUUGGAUCAAGUCAAGCAAGAUCCUGAACUGUAUUCUCUUCUCGAAGAUCCGGAAUUUUCAAACGUGCUUUUGCAAUUUCAAUUCACGCCAGAAACUGCAAUUAAAAGAUAUCAGAACGACGAAAGAAUC